UGGCAGACGGGAGCGCUACUGCGGGAGCUGAGACGAAGCAGCAGGGCUGGAGUCCGGCGGCGCUGGCGCUCGGCGCGUUCGGUGCUGCUAGCCUGAUGGUCGGCGUGACGGCGACGGCGGUGGUGGUCAUCGGCAAGCGUGCCUUUGGAAUACAGGACGUGAGUGGGGAGCAACAGCGACGCUGGCGAAUGCAGCGGCGCUGGACCAAGGGCCUUCACGCCGUCCGCCUUCACAGCGCUCACGUCUUUCUGGCGCCAGACCGACGACCUCGUCAGCUUCUUCGCCGAGCUCUUUCCCAACGGCUCAAACGCCUCUGUGCUGGCAGGUCUGGGCCGUUCUGCGCGCUCGCUGCUCUCGUCAGCCGGACUGUCCGCCUCGCAUCCCUCAGCCAGCGCCGACGAGGUACAAGCCGGCGGCGAGGAUCUGCCCGUCGACGAGGCGGAGCACAGCGCAGAGCCCGAGUCGCUCGACGAGGCGCUGCUGCGCCUCGACCGCGCCGCCAGCGAGGGCGGCAUGCGCCAGUGGGCCAGCGUGCUGGGCGAGCAGCUGGGCCGCGAGCGUGCGUGGGAGGUGCGCGAACGGCGACGAAGACGCCUCGAGCGCGACGCUGCUGCUGCCAAUUCAUGAUUCGAGACGGCCUGCUGGAGCAGUGUGACAGCGAGCACCGCACAGACUGCCACCACGUGGCGCUGCCCAGAGCGAUGCCUUCCCUGUGUCCAUUCCGCCACCCAGCGGCUUCAGCGAGCGCCACCGCAGGCCGCUGUCCGCCAGCGUCGAGCCUAUUCUGGGCCUUCUUCGCCGUCCGGUGCCGCCAGCAUGCAGCGAGCCAGGCUGUCAACUGCGCUCGGUGCUCGGGUCCGCUCGGGCCACAGCGGACCGCCGCGGCUGCGGCCACAUGCUGCUGCUGCCUUGUGCCCCUACCCGUGCAGCAGAGACGAACAUAGCAAGCCGGAGCUGCAAUGUCGUGGGUGCCGGCAGCCUCGAGAUCCACAGGCCAGCAACGUUUGAAGCGCA